GCCCACCUCGAAAGCCUCUUCUCGCCGUCCCCGCGUCACCAACCGUGGUUUGUCAACACGACGCAAGCAGCCAAAAUAUGGCCUCCUUUUAUGGGCCAUGGCGACCGGGUGAAAGGCAACGAUGCUUCCUCUCCUCCUCACAGCCUUGAGACCGAUUGUCGGCUCAACUCGAUCUCGAAGAGCACAAAAGUAGAGGGGUUCACAGCCGUGUGCCUGGGCUUGAUUGGUCUGGAAUGGGCUGAAAGGAGAGGCUCAGACCUCAACAGUUUUGUCGUCUACCUCUUCUGGAAUACAGGCAGCCAAACGCAGAUACGAGUAGCUUCUGCCCGCCUGGCCAGGCUUCUGUCGACCUGCAUGUGUUCGAGGCUCUGGGGGGUGGGAGAGCACGCAGUAACCACUCGCAAAUCAGAUUGUUCUGGCCCUCUUCAGCCUGGCCUGGCACCCAACACACGUACACGCUGCAUUCGCAACACACAUCGUGAGCACACAGGCCCAUUCACCUCAAUCUGUAGACAAGACCAAAUGUGCACACUGCCACACACGCAAGCCCAUGCAUGCCGGCGUUUAGGUACCCCCAUGCGCCAGACGACAGAAGCAUGCCGUCAAGGUGUGCACAAGUACCUGUAG